CUUUCUCUUCGGAUCGAUAUUGAGAGAGAGAUCGAGAGAGAGGGAUAGGGGUCGACGAUAGAGAGAGAGAUUUGGGGAAUGGGGACGCCGCAGGCGAUCGAGACCCUAAGGCAGAGGGCGACCUUGCUGCGGGAGUCGCUGCAGAAGAGCCAGACCAACACCGACAGCAUGGUCGCCAUUCUCGGCUCCUUCGACCACCGCCUCUCCGCCCUCGAGGCCGCUAUGCGCCCCACCCAGGUGAGGACACAUGCCAUUCGAAUGGCACAUGAGAAUGUUGACAAGACACUGAAGGCAGCAGAGGUUAUACUGGCUCAAUUUGAUCUCUCAAGGCAGGCUGAGGCUAAGAUAUUGAGGGGACCACAUGAGGAUCUAGAAAGCUAUCUGGAGGCAAUUGACCAGUUGAGAAGCAACGUCAAGUUUUUCAGCUACAACAAAAGCUUCAAGAGCAGUGAUGGAGUGCUGAACCAUGCCAAUAAUUUGCUAUCUAAGGCCAUCUUGAAGCUGGAGGAGGAAUUUAGGCAGCUCCUUACGAACUACAGCAAGCCAAUUGAGCCUGACCGCCUAUUUGAUUGUCUUCCUAACUCUUUACGACCAUCAUCUGGAUCGACUGGAGACCAAGGUGAUGGUAGUAAGAACCCAUCAACCAGUAAUCAAGCAAAAAGCUUGGAGACUGCUGUUUACAAAACACCAACUCUCAUUCCUCCAAGGAUUGUGCCUCUGCUGCAUGACUUAGCUCAACAAUUGGUCCAAGCUGGACAUGAACAGCAGUGUGCAAAAAUUUACAGGGAAGCUCGUGCUUAUGCAUUAGAAACGAGCCUUCGGAAACUGGGGGUGGAAAAACUCAGCAAAGAUGAUGUGCAGAAGAUGCAAUGGGAAGUCUUAGAGGCCAAAAUUGGGAAUUGGAUUCACUUUAUGCGAAUAACAGUAAAACUGCUGUUUGCUGGAGAAAAAAAAAUUUGCGAUCAAAUCUUUGACGACACCAAUUUUCACAAGGAUUAUUGUUUUGCUGAACUCACAGCAAACAGUGUAUUGAUGCUUCUAAGUUUUGGGGAGGCAGUUGCUAAAAGCAAAAGGUCUCCAGAAAAAUUGUUUGUUCUUCUUGACAUGUAUGAAAUAAUGCGUGAACUUCAGCCAGAGAUUGAGACAAUUUUUGAAGGCAAAGCUUGCAUCGAGAUGCGUGAUACUACACUAAGUUUAACAAAACGCCUGGCUCAGACAGCCCAAGAAACCUUUGGUGAUUUUGAGGAAGCAGUUGAGAAGGAUGCUUCAAAAACAACUGUUCUUGAUGGAACUGUUCACCCUCUGACUAGCUAUGUAAUUAAUUAUGUAAAGUUUCUAUUUGACUAUCAAUCAACGCUGAAGCAACUUUUCCAGGAAUUUGAAACUGCAAAUGAAACUGAAUCCCAAUUGGCGAUUGUAACAAUGCGCAUUAUGCAAGCCCUUCAGAGUAAUUUAGAUGGGAAAUCAAAGCAAUACAAGGAUCCUGCUCUGACUUAUCUUUUUCUCAUGAAUAACAUCCACUAUAUGGUUAGAUCUGUACGCAGGUCGGAAGCAAAGGAUUUAUUGGGUGAUGAUUGGGUACAAAGACACCGUAGGAUUGUGCAACAAAAUGCAAAUCAGUAUAAGAGAGUUGCUUGGACAAAGAUUCUGCAGACCCUUACGGUUCAAGGUGGUUCAUCAGGUAGCAGUUCUGCCUUGGGAGGUGAUGGAGGAAACAGCAGUGGCAUCUCAAGAGCAAACAUAAAAGAGAGGUUCAAGUCUUUCAACAUGCAGUUUGAGGAACUUCAUCAAAGACAGUCUCAGUGGACUGUACCUGAUCCAGAGCUGCGUGAGUCUCUCAGACUUGCAGUUGCUGAAGUUUUAUUACCAGCAUACAGAUCUUUCAUAAAACGUUUCGCACCACUAAUUGAGAGUGGGAAGAACCCUCAGAAAUAUAUCAGAUACACCCCGGAAGAUCUCGAUAGAAUGCUGGGUGAGUUUUUUGAAGGAAAGACCUGGGGUGAACCAAAGCGUUGAGAGCUGAUACAAGCUGAAAGAGUUGCUUUGUAAGUGAAAAUAGUUCGUUUGAUUUAGUUCCGUAAUUCCACCAGCUGAUCUGGCUAAUCUCUUUUUACAGCAUUUGCCAAAUAAAUUUGUAAUGUGGAUUUAUCUGCACAAUGUUCGUAUCAAUUAUCCUGUAUUCUUUCAUCCAUUCUAGACCUGACAACAUUCUAGCAAAGAAGGUUGACAGGUAUGGAGGCUUGGAUCCGCAUGACACAGUAUUGCUAAUUCGUUCAUUAGAUUUCUGUGCAUGUUUUUUUUCUUUCUGUAGCAUAGACUUCUGAUUUGAUUUGAGCCCAUCUUAUUAGCUAUCUGCAUCCUUGAAGGAGCCAGACCUUUUCCCGCAUUAUUAAAAUCCUAAGGUGCGUUUUAAUAAGAGCGGGGUUGGCUAUUUGGCGUGAAAGACUAUCGCGGCCUUUCGCUUGCUCUCUGACUUUCAGUCGUCCAUAAAACUUGGACUUCCCCACAGAGAGUGAAUGAAUACUCCGGGUAAAUAAAUGGCUAACGAGCAGAGCAAUGAUGGUUAAAGUUAGUGACCGGGAAAAAAGUUUCACUAUUGGAAGAUUAAGACUCUAGCGAGGUCUGAAAGAAUUGGAAUAUCUUGUUUUCAAAUAUUGGUGAACCCUGGCAUGAGCCAUUACGGGUCAUGUCUUGAAUGCUAAACAGAGAUUUUGACGGACCAGUCUUAAAAUCCAAAUGAACAUCUGAAUCCUAUCCCCAACAUGAACGUCCCAAGCACUAAUUAAUUAUUUAACAUAUGCAUCCAUUAGUGGAAAGAAAGAGUAAAAUUCUCAAGAGAGAGAGAGGGGACUGGAAACUUUUUAAGUCAGUAUAUUUUGUUUCUUUUUACAUAGUUAUUUUUAGUUUAUUAUGAGAUAAGCUUGCUUCCUCUUAUGAGCCUUGACCUUAAUUGUUUCAUUGUUAUUCAUGGCUUUGGUAUCAACAGUGGGUGAAAUAUAUUAGUAGAUAAUCUAUGGUGGUCUGGUAGAUUUUCUUGCUUCACUAAGGCUAUUUUUUUUCAUUUUUUUUUUUAACCAAAACGUUGGGGUUAAGGACCCAUCUAAUAUUUCAUUGAGCAAUGAAUGAGAGAGUAAAGAGCCUGGAUGAUCCUAGAAUCAAACAGCCAUUAAGAAGAAUGUAGGGAGAGGAUUACAUUUGAAGCAAAUUGGGCCGGUACCCAAACAUCAAACACGAGCAAGGUACGUAUCAAUCUCAACCCGUGUAUCGACCUUUGCUCUCAACUCUCCGCUCAGACUCGCUUGUGCUCUUGCUUUGGGCUAGUGGCUAUUGGCAGGAGUCCAAUCUUCGCUAUCUCAGUUCCUGAAACUGAAGGUGGACGGGCAUGCAUUACCUAUGUGGCUAGGUUUUGAGGGCUGACUUUAUAGCCAUCAAGAGUGAUUUAGCAACUGUAAUUGGGUGGAUUUAGAGUUAGGCGGAGGCGGCUGAUGCACACUAACUUCUCCACUAUAUUCUGAGGAUUUUGAGGGAAUAUCUAUUCCUGGAUGCUAGGCAUGUUUAUCGGGAUACGAAUAGGGUAGUAGAUUAGGUUACCUCUUAUAUGAUGGAAUAUUGUAUACAAGUACUGUGGACUGAAUUGUCAGUUGUCCACGACAUUUUAUUUUUUGAUUUUGUUCGACGUAUUCGUACUA